AUGUCACUGUUCAAGAAAGCUCAGUCGGCAGUGGCGCACAACUCCAAGAUUCCCUCUCUGGGAAAUAGCGACCUGAAGCAGCUGCAGGAGAUGAUUCAUAGAGAGAAAGCGUUUGUGGCGGCAAAUGCCAAGACUGCCACCGAGAUCCAGCUUAGCUCCGAUGCGCUGAGAGCUUGGGGCAGUAACGAAGGUGAUGACUUGGAAGAUAUUUUGCCCAAGGUUGCUCUCUUGUUUGAGUAUCUCAGUCGCGCGGAGCUUCGCUACAAUUACUACGUCUCGACGAUGCGCCUGCAUCUCAAGUCUAUCCGCUCCCGAGAGGAAAAAUAUGCCGAAUUCAAAGGCAGGCGACGUGCAUUGGUCGGAAAGAUUGAAGCUAUGGAGCGAAGGUUGGCAAAGAUGGGACCUGAGAACAAGGACCUUGCGAAGGUUACGAGCAGUCUACGUGAGCUGCGCAGCGAUAUGGAAGUUUUAAACAAUGAAAUGGCAUAUGAAGAAGCAGCCUUGGGUGAUUACAAGCGCCGAACAAUAGUCGAGGCACUCAGUCUAAAAAGUGGUGGGCUUAUGGAGCUCGCCGAGAAGUCUAUCGUGAUUGCUGAGUCGUGCCGUCUGCUUGUGGAAGAAGUACCACUGAUUCCGACGGUGCCGAAUGAAGGCCGUGCCCCGUACCGCAAUGAAGCCCGGACGAACCGCCUGCUGCAGGAGGCCGUGCGACAACUCGAGUCGAUCACGUUCGAGCCUCGUGAAUCACAAAUGAAUGUUGACCGGAACCAGUCUUCACCGACAUCUUUCAUGAUCAAUUCGCGUAUGGGUGACUCUACGAACCAGUCGAUUGGCCAAAGUGCUGUUGGCGUGGCACCCGCGCGCUACAGCCCAAGCCCCGGCCCUGCACCAGGACCAAGCGCCGGACCGAAUGCGUCAAUGGGUGGUCCAGGCGCCAUGGUCGGUGGCGCUGAUGGUGUGGUAGCCACCGGUCCCAUGGGCAGCUCAGGUAUGAUGGAAGCGACCGGCCCGCCUCACUUUGCACCUGUCAGUGAUGUGGAGCAGGGAAGCCAGGGCUGGGUCGCUCCUUCCGAGCCCAUGCCGAUACAGAAUGUUACGAACAACAACGAGCCCGCUCAAAUGAUGCAGGGUGGCGUGGUUGGCGGAACCGGCCUCCCGACAGUGCAUGAAGCAGUAGAUCCCGUGCAUUCAAUGGAAGAACCAAGUCGCCGCUACGCGUCGCCGUCACAAACGAUGCCAUCGUCGGCGUCAUCACCAGGUUUCUAUGAGGAGGGACCGGAGUUUCAUCAGUCAGCCAUGUUCAACCACUCGUACGGGGGCAUGGAAGCGUCAAGACCUCCACAGGGCGCUUACCAACAACUCCUUGCUGACUCCGGCCUAAACUACGCUAGUGAUGCGAUUCCCGCGUUCCCGCCAAUGCCCCAGCCACCAUCGGCAUCGCAGCCGCUGCAUUUGGAUGCGAACAGAGCCCCUGAAGGCCGCGACAAUCGUCAAUACUUGGAAGGUGUGGGCAGCACAAAGGCGUUGCAGGCAGCGAGUGCUCAGUCCAGUCUUAUCCCUAUGCCUGAUACAUACAUGCCUGCAAAUGGCCGCGCUGCAAGCAUGUACUCGUCUGAGCCGCAUGCAUACCGCAGUCUCUCGCCGUUGGGACGGCAACACACACGUCCGCCCGUGGCGUAUGACCGCCCGUCAAGCCCAGCCAUGUCCUUGCCAUCGUCAAGGAUAAAUGCUGUCUCGCCGAGCUCCCGGGCGCCUCCCUCUUUUGAGAACCCGUCUUACGAUGACGCAACGAGAACGUCGUCAAUCCUGCCAUACGCUCCACCGACGCAGUCCGAAUCGUCUGUGCCCAUGGCGACAAUGCCAGCAGCGUCGCUUUCAGCGCCAUCUACCACUACUUCUUCGGCACCCAUUCAUCCUGCGCCUGCUCCGUAUGGGGCUGAUCCUAAUAUGACAUCGUCCUCGCCGCCUCCAUCGUAUGCGACUAAUGUGCCAACGUCGGUUCCUUCUGGAGCGCCUCUCACAAUGUCGACCACGGCGCCUCCUGCCAUGCCACCGCCGACAACAGUGCCAUCUGUCGAGUCUUCUAGCACAGUGACCGGAGCAGCGCCUUCGCUACCUUCUACCAUGUACCAAAAUGCCCCUAGCGCCGCUUCUCUAUCGUCGUCGUCGACAAUGCCGCCUCCGCAAGUCGUCAACUCUAACGCGGCAGCAGGCCCCCUAGCAUAUUUGCAGCAAGGCGUUCAGCAGCAGGGCCUCACUUCCAUCGGCAUACCGCCUUCUGCUAACGCGCCAAUCGCAGAAUCACAUGAACAGCCACCUGUGCAUGUUGAUCUGCAGGGGCCCUCCCCGUAUGAAGGCGUGCCUGUACAACAAGAGUAUGCGCCGCAAGAAUUCCAGCCUCAGUACGCGGAACAAGUUCGGUGA